CAAGAGCCAAGAUGUGUUGUUGGUUGGUGCCAGGAUUGCUGAUUCUGGUACUGAACAAUGGACUAGCUCAUGGCCAAGUCAAUAUCGCUCUGAAUCAUACGGCAAGCUCCAGCAGUGUAUUUUCGGAAAAUGGAAACACGUAUGGUCCUGCCUCCAAGGUGGUUGAUGGAAACAGGGAUCCAUUUCUGAAUGGCUUCAGCUGUCUUCUCACCGAAAGGCGCGUUACAUCGUUAGCUUGGUUGUAUAUUGACCUGGGGAAUAUGUCGGUGGUCCAUCGCAUUGAGAUGACAAAUAGAAGAGGUGGAUCAAACGCCACAAGCAGUGCUGCAAAAGAUAAGGCUCAUCGGGACAAACUUAAAGGUUUCGGCAUGGCUGUCAGUAGCACGACAACAAUGCCCCCUAGCCAAUCAGAUGUCUGCUAUAAGCAUCCGGGUACUGACCGACCGACUGUCUUUCAAAACAGGACAUGCAACCAAAUAGGAAGAUAUGUAAUCAUCUAUAACGACAGAACAAACGAAAUGGAAAUAUGCGAAGUAGAUGUUAUAGGUUGUCCAGUAGGAUAUCAUGGAAAGAACUGUUCACUUCCCUGUGGUGAUCACUGUGUUGGCGCCCAGUGCCUACCGAACAAUGGCUCCUGCAUGUUUGGAUGCAUCCAAGGUUUCCGUGGAGACAGGUGUAUUAAAGAAUGCAAUGAAGGAACGUAUGGAUGGAACUGCAACCAAACUUGCGGAAAUUGUUCCGGAAGUGACGUUUGUGACCACGAGACAGGCGACUGCCCUGGCACAUGCUCAAAUGGAUACAAAGGACAAAAGUGUGACCAUGCAAACGGUUCUAACCGAACUAAGGUUUACUAG